AUGGCGUCGGCUUGCCUGGCAAUCAGCCUGCUCACCCUGCUGGCGCGCCUGGCUGCGCCGGCGAAUAGAGCGCGCCGCGGGGUCUGCCGGACGCGGGCGUGCGUGGCGCUCAACGACAUGCUGGUGGCUGCGUCCAACGCCAGCGUCGACCCCUGCGACGACUUCUACGAGUACGUGUGCGGCCGCUGGACGGAGCCUGCCUCCGUGUACGAGAAACACCUCAGCCUAUUCGUCGACAAGGUAAUCGACGUUCUGGUGCGAGCCAGCAUGAACAACCCAAUGAGGAACCCGACGCAACAGGCCGCCAUGCUGCUGCAGAGCUGUUUAGCCAUCGUCGAGGACGGCAGGGACGAAGUGGGUGCCUUCAAGAGCAGGCUCACUAAGCUGGGCAUCACGUGGCCGCAUGUCAACAGCGAGAGCGAAGAGCUCACCGUAGCGGCAGCCAAGGUGUUCGAGGCGUUUCGGAUCUCACCGCUGCUUACCAUCCGCACGAGUCAAACCAAGGUAGGCGAAGUGUUCCUUCGCAUCGAGCCUGGUGAUGCACUGCCCAACUGGGUCCAGAUGCGGGCACCGCUGUUACAACAAGGCACAUACCGCACCUAUUACGAACAGGCUGCAGCACUCUACGACAGCAACGCGACACCUACAAUGAGUUUCCAGGAGUUCAGUGGGUUAGAAAGCGUGCUCGUUCCGGGAUUGAUGUCCGCUGACCGUGGUGACGCCGAAAUCAUCGAGCUAGAAUCUAUUGACCGGCUCAGUCAUUACCUAAAACCCGACAGGUUCGUGCGCCUCCACGCAUUCUUGAAAUAUGGUCUGAAACUGCCGUCAUCGACGAGGGUGCAGAUUCGCUCUGCAGACUACACGAAGCGUCUGCAGGGCUUAUCGAAGCAGCUUGGUGAACAACGGUUGGAGUUCUAUCUGGGCUGGUGCGUGGUGCAGGCCAUGUGGCGAUUCAUCAGCAAACCAUUCUCGCAGCUUUGGUAUCAAAGCGUACGCUCCGCCCUGAACGCGGACGUUGAGCGACCCAGCCAUGCAGACUGUAUCGAGUUAACCGAGUCGCUGCUGGGCUGGACCGUGUACACAGAAUUCUCGAGGACUCACGUGGACGCCGAAGCGCGGAACGACAUCGAUGAGAUAGCACGGGCCAUUGCUGCCCUCUUCAUCAACCGCCUCAAACACAGUCGGUGGUCCUUUAUCGCCGAUCAAGUUUCGCUCGACAAGCGGGACUUCGAGGACAUCCUCUUCCACGCUAAACGGUUCAACGAGCAAAGACUCAGUGACGUGUUCGACACGGUCGCUAUGAACGUUUCGUUGCUGCAGAAUUGGAUGGCAGUUGCCAAGGCCAACGCGCGCAUCCCAGAUGAAGAGUGGCGGGAGGUGUCCUCUAGCUACAUGAAGCAGCUCCGCGAGUCCGACGGUUACGUGUUCUUCGACUUCCAGAGGUCGGCUAUUCGCAUCCCUCCGCUCUUCCCUAUGCUACCCCUGUACGACCACAACUCUACGGUAGCGGCCAAGUACGGAGCCAUCGGAAUGCUGCUGGGGGCGGCCGCCGUACGGCUCUUCGUGAGCCGCCUACCCAACAACUCGGCUGCGCUCACGAAGGUCGAAGAGAGGCUCGCCUGCUUCGCUUUAGCCCGCGCUUUGCCCGCAGCCCCGCCACGAGUCAGCCAGCACGCAUACCUGGCCGCAGCAGUCGACCUCGUCUGGGACGCCUUCGCCUCGGCCGACGCCCAGGCGUCAGCGGCGGUCGGAGACCUCAGCAACUACAGCAGCAGCGCGACGUUCUUCAUGGUGAUGUGUCAUCUCCUGUGCAGCAUGGGCGCGUCACUCAUGGCCGAGCUCAGCUGCAACCAGGUUGUCAAGAACAGCCGCGCAUUCGCGCGAGUCUUUAACUGCGAAGUUGGCAGGCCUAUGAAUCCUGCGAAAAAGUGCGAUUUUUUCUCGUAUGCGUGA